UAUGUGGGGUUACAGAUUGGCAAGCCGCAAGACUGGCAAUCUUGUAAUAACCUCCCAAAACUUUUCCACCCACUAACAACAACAGCUUACACACUUACCUAAAGCUACAAACUACAUUUACCUUCAUUUCGAUCGAGCAGACAAUAUCUCGAGUAACAAUCGGCACAUUUCCAAGAAUUUGUAGAAAAGUCAACGAGAGAUGUCAAACAAAGACAGUACGUCUCGGGAGUUCACCUCCUAUUACCUCCAGCAAAGCACAAAGGAAUUCGCAGAGGAUCUAGACAAGAUUCGCAGCGCCGACGACUUCAAAGGCGACGCGGUAGGCAUGCUCAUCAAAUCCCUACAGCAGGGCACCGCUUUAUUCUCGGCCGCAGACAAGGAGAGAAUACUCGGGUCACAAAAAUCCACCGGUUCGGAGAAGGAGUGAGAAAUGAACAUUCUAGGGAACGUGUUGAUUGAAAUUAAUUUUCUUCUUGCGGGAGAUGGGAUCGGCUUGAUUGUCCGGGAGAAGAAAUAUAUGGCCUGUCGAAAAUAGUCAUAUCUAUUAGAGACUGCUGUGGAGAGCUAUAAAAAAGGAGCUAAGAGAAACAACGAUGUUACAGCCUUGAAAAUAUCGAACUCGUGAAAUAGUUCAUUAGACGACUGAACCAGCUCAGUUCCUGAGUCGUCAUUGAGGAAUGAAAAGGAAAAGGACCCAAGCUAAAAAGAACGACACGAGCAGGAUUCGAACCUGCGCGCCCGAAGGCAUGAGAUCACACUGCACAAGAAUGAAAUAAUUCUCGGCGAUUCAAGUCUCACUCGUUAACCACUCCGACAUCGUGCCCUACCGUCCAGUCUAGCGGUAAUUUGUUGAAAAUUUGCGAUUUACGGCACUCUAUAUGGUUUAAUUAAUUUAGUGCCGAGGCUUGUUACAUAUCACAUGACUUGGAUAAAUGUACACUAUCUGUUAAAGCUUGGUACCUAUUCCACACAGG